UCCACGAUCCGCCCACCAUCUCGGGACUGGAGUCACGUGUCUCACCGCCUAGUGUCUCUCUGCUAGCCGACACCACCACAAACUCACCCAGCGCCCGGUGGAGAGAGAAAGGACGAUGAGAGACGGAGAGGUGCACACGGACAGAAAGCGCCUAUAGCCUACGACGCCAGUGGGUGAUAAUGGAGAACGUUCAAUAGAGGAUACCCGCUGUGGUGAUCCGAAAUUCUAUGUUUCCCGCAGAGGAGGGAUGUGACAAGGCAUCUGAACAGGACGGGAGAUGAGAAGCACACUGUUUCGGAGACCCUCUUCUUCCUGUGAUCUCAAACAGUUCGCCUGUGAGCCGCGGCGCUUGGGGGGGUGUACGGGACACGGCGCGCACGGCUCACAGCCGCUCCAGCUCAACUGUGGUCUGAAGAAAAUUCAUUCUUGCUGUCUUAUUUGAACCUGCCAGAGCGCUGUGGGUCUCCGAAGGGGAAGGGUGGUCUUCACCAUGAGGGCUGUUUCCGCAAACUUGUUCGCUCUUCUUUUCCUGUGCGCCCUUGCAAGUGUUUUCUAUGUCUGGAGCGCACUGGAGAGCCGUUUGGAGCGACACAAACGGGGGUUCUCAGUACCGGGCGGGGGGUCUUUUUACCAAGGUCUCCCAGCGGACCUCUCCGCCAAAACUUUCCGGGCAUUGCUCGCUGUCCCAGCGGCACAAAGACCGCACUUGGGGGGCAGACUUGAGGCUCGAAACCUCACUGAUCAAACUGCCUCUGCAGGAAAUCGAGAUUACCAUGUGAAUGGGGAUAACAAGAGGUCAGCGCUGCGGGAGGGCCCGGUCAAGUUAGGCUCCCCGGUGGAGGAUGGGAUAUUUUGGAGUGAAUGGCUGGAGGAUCUCCUUCCCGUGGGCUUCACGGAGGACUAUGCUCAGGCUUGGCGAGAGAGAGCCAGGACAUACAGAAUAGUGCAGCUGGAGCCUGGAUGCGGCAGGAUAUCGAAUCAGCUGGCCACUUUUGCAGAUGGGACCAAAGCGUGUGUGCGUUACGGGAUAAACGCGGAUCAGGUGCAAGGAGAAACUUUGACAUAUUACCUUGCCAGUUUGCUCGGCAUCACAAACCUGCCCCCUCUCAUACUGUCCCAACUGAACAGUGACAGUGAACAAUGGACGGCUGUGAGGACGCGCAUAGGUGGUUUACAGUGGAGUGAUCGAGCCGUGGUGUCUCUCACUGAGUGGGUCUCCAACCUGACCGGGGUGGUCACACCGGCGCCGCUCAGACAGGAGAGCAGCGGGCUGCAUCCUGUGCUCGGGGAGCUCCGGGACAAGACGACGGCGGAGCUGCUGGAGCUAAUGCAGUGGACCGACCUGAUUCUAUUCGACUACCUGACUGCAAACUUCGACAGACUCGUCAGCAAUCUGUUCAGCCUGCAGUGGGAUUCGCGCGUAAUGGAGAGGGACACCAACAACCUCCUCAGAACACCCCGUGGUGACCUCGUAUUCAUAGAUAACGAGGCCGGACUCGUGCACGGCUUUCGGGUGUUAAACAUGUGGGAGAAAUAUCACAAUACAGUACUGAGCUCCGUGUGUGUGUUCAGAAAGAGGACCACGCAGCGCGUGGCGGAGCUGCACAGGCGCAGAGACGCUAGGAAAAGGCUGCUGGAGCUCUACAGAGACAGCGAGCCUUUGUCUCUGGAAUUAGGAUUUCUUUCAGACGAGCACGCCGGUGUUCUCCAGGACAGGAUAGACAGAUUAUACAAACACAUUUUGCAUUGCAAAGGGAAGUACAGCCAGCUGUGAACAUUCAGCACGCACAGGUGAUGGGUUUGUGGUCUGCGCGGUAUAAUGAGCUCUGCAAACGCGAUUGGCACACCUGUGCUUAACUGAUGCACAUUACACAAAACUCUCUUGAAUAUCCAGCUGAACUACCUCUUGUCAAUAGAAAUGUGUUGCCUACUUUAUAAAUAAGUACAUUUGACACAAGCUCCAUGUUGAGAUUUCCACUGUAUGCCUCACACAGAGGAAUGACCAGUCUAUUCUGUCUUACUUUCACCCCAUGACGCUCACGCCACCGAAUGGUAUUAAAUGUAAAGAGUAGGCUAUAUUUGCGACUAGGGUAUCAUAACGCAGCCCUUCAUGUGUAUUUGGAUUCCUGACUUUUGUUCAAAAAUCCUAGUGAUAAACUCCUAAGCCUUAACAUAAGUUCUUGAAUACUGUAUUUCUGUUGACAUCGGGCUCACUUUUUUUUAAUAGAAACUCGUUUGCACAGUACAUUGUCAUCGCAGCACCUGCACUCCUGUAAUUGUGUUUGCUUUGCAUAUUCAGCCUUAAAGUCACAGGUGUAUCAUACCCAUUGUACAUGUUGUAAGUAGGUUGUAAAUAUUGUCUGCCAACCUGUUUUGGAAACUUGAUGCUCCACUAAUUUAACGUGCAUUGUAACAUUCCAAAAUCUCUUGUCCUUUUUGAUAAAUACACUGUAAUUUAAUUUAACUGCGUGUUUUGUAUGCAGUUUGUGCUGCUGCCUUAUUAGAGUGCAUCAAAUAUUUACCUAGUCUGCCUCUGUACUUGCCCAGUGCUCUCAUUGUGCUGUAGAAACAUAUCUUGUACUGGCACACUGUUCCCCAGGAGCCAUUAUUUCAACCACUGGCACGCUACAACAGGAAUCUCUAAUCCCCUUCAUAAUCUCACCCAGAAUGAUAAAGUGAAGGAGAAAACUGACAUCGUUUGGGUUUUACUGUUCCCUUUCUAUAUGAAAACCUGCUUUUCAUAUUUGUCUCUCUGGUAAUAUUAAACGGUCAACCUACGGCCAAGGCUGGAUGGCAUAUUUGGUUCAUUCGAUUCAGAUAAAAAGUAAGAAAACUCCCUGUGCUGCUGAGAGGCCAAGCCCACAAUUAAUGAGUGCUCCACUCUGAGAGGAGAGCCUAGUUUACAGUUUUUCAAAGGUUGAAUUUGUAACUGUGAAAGGUAUUAAAGAGAAAAAGUACAGCC